UGACCUGAGAUUAAUCCCUGUAAGAAGCUCCGACUCCUCAAAAGUCUGAAAGUACCGAAGACGAGAAGAAACCCCAAAAGUAGAGUUACGCAAUCAAAACCUCAAAAAGAUUUCUCAGAUCUCUGGCGGCGACAGAAGCAGAGGUUUUUCUGAGACAGAAGGUUUCGUGCGAACACAGACGAGGUAUUGGUGAGUGAAACAGAAUGUCUCUAACAUGCGUGAAAAUGUCGGAGGAUGUGUGGUUAACUUGUCUCACGCACGCAUUGUCGACCGAGACUGAGGAGAUUAUGGGCCUUCUUCUUGGUGAUAUUGAGAACUCAAAAGAUGGACAUGCCACUGCACUAAUAUGGGGGGCUUCCCCACAGUCACGAUCUGAUCGGAGGAAGGAUCGAGUAGAGACAAAUCCAGAACAGUUGGCUGCUGCAUCAGCCCAAGCUGAAAUAUCCUUGACUUAUCUUUAUGGAAUAGUCUAUUUUUUAUUUAAAAAUUCUUCUGUUUUUUUACUGGAAGUAGUUAGUCUGUUACAUACAAUUUGUUUUUUGUUAUUGACAAGAGAAAUAUCUCAAGCUCACAAGAAGGGCGGUGGAGCAAGGGUUUGAACCCUUGCCAUGAUGAUGUAUUAGCCUUUUUACAAGGUUCAAUUUGUCUUGUAGAAUUUGCCUUGUUACGUGCAAUUUAUUAUCUUGUUAGUUAGGAGUUAUUCCAAACAUGCUGGCCAUCAUAUUUAUCUAUUUAUUUUAUUACAGAAUUGCUUUUGUAUUCUCACAUUCUUUCAGUGGAUACAAUUUCACGUGGUGAACCAAACAACUCUUGUUACAGUAGACUCUUUAUCAAUAUGAUGCACAUUCAAUAUGGCUUUGAUUAUGGGUGUCUUUUUUCACAUUUCAUGUUCUAAAUACUUUUGUUGUGUAAUUAACUUCAAUACACAGAAUGACCACCUCAACAGGAAGAACAACAAGAGUAAUUGGGUGGUACCAUUCACAUCCUCAUAUUACAGUUCUUCCAUCUCAUGUUGAUGUGAGGACUCAAGCAAUGUAUCAACUUCUUGAUUCUGGAUUUAUUGGGCUGAUAUUUUCUUGUUUCAGUGAAGAUACAAACAAGGUUGGAAGAGUUCAAGUUAUUGCUUUCCAGUCCUCAGAUGGGAAGCAAAGUAGCAUGUCAGGCCCUGUUCCUCUGUCUCCUGUAAAUAGAAGUUCAGUUAUUGAUGUUGAAUCAUCUCUAAGUUCCUCAGAGAAUUCUUUGGUGAGGUCUGUAUCUGCAAAAGCUGAUGGCGCUGAAGAAGACACAGGCGAUUCUAGAUCAACCAUAACUUAUGCUAAGAAUGGGGGACGAUCUUCAAACUUGGGUGGUUUCUUUGCUAAUGCUGAUGCCAACUACCUAGGGAGAGAUCAAAGUGGAGGAAACCAUAAUUCCAAUAAUUUAGAGGAUGCCACAGUUGAUAUUGACCCGAUGGAUAUGUCAGAAAGCAUGCAAGAAGCAAUGCACCGUUCAAAUUUGGACAUGAGUGGUGCAGAGUUUGUAAGGAAAGAAAUUCCUCUUCACGUUUUGCCUACAUCCUUUCUUUUGAAGCUUGAUUCUCCAUUAACUUCAUUUAUGGAUUUGCAACGUGUACUUUUUGAAGAAGAGCAGGCAGCAUACAAUCAAGCCAUCUUGCAAAAUAUGAGGGAUGGGAAAGUGCAUCCCCUUACUUUCAUUCAUCAUACUUCAACGUAUCAGGCUUCUAUGUGCAAAUUAAUUGAAUAUUGCUUAAGUCCUGCCAUCAAUGCACUUCAGGGUCGGUUGAAAGAGAAUGAAAUCCGGUUAGCAAUGUUGACUGAUGAAGCCAAGAUUUUGGAGACUGAAGCCUUCAAGGGAAGUGGACCAAGUUCUCCUCAUUAUGGUUCAUCAUCUCAUGGAAUCAGAGGAAGUGCUUUGGUUGCCCACAGGGACAUAAAUAAUUUAGCUGAGCCAGUCAGUAUGAGGACGUCUGCCGGUUCUGGGAGCCGAAGCCGAAAACGGUCUUAGUAAAAACUUUGAAUCAAUCCCAUUCUACUCAGUUCAUUGCGUCUUUUGGUAUUAUCCAAGGAACUUCUACUACUAGGUUGCCUCCGCCAGCUUUUAGAAUUCCAAGGGGAAGCAUUUGCAAUUCGUUCCUUUUGAUAAUUGUUGCCUUCAUGGUCUCUACUAAAGGAGGAAGAUUCCUUGGUAGAAACUAGAAAAGCAGUGAUGGGUGGAAUCCUUGAAUAAAUGCAUGUCAUUGUUAAUAUACCUCCUUGUUUCCAUUUCAUCAUGCCUCCUUGAUGUUAGAUGCCCUAUGGCAGCAGUUACUAGUUUAGUAGAGUUGUGCUCCGUGUCCUGCACAUUUUAGUCUACUUGCUCCAAUGUAAUCGUCAUACUUUUUGAACUAUACUUGUUUCUACUAGAUAAAUGCGCACCCGUGCCGUGCUUUGAAUCUUGUGGGGGUGACAUUUCUGCCAAAACCUAAUGGUUAAAUACUAAGUAUAAGUUAUUGAAUAUUUAAGUAAAUACCAAAUUUAAAA